AACGAAAACAUCUGGAUAGACGGGUGUUUUGACUUUACCCAUCAUGGACAUGCCGGUGCCAUGCUCCAAGCCAGGCAACUUGGAAAAGCACUUUAUGUCGGGGUACAUUCCGAUGAAGAGAUUUUGCAUAACAAGGGACCUGUUGUCAUGAAGUUGGAUGAGAGAUUGACUGCUGUAGAGGCCUGCAAAUGGUCUACUGAAGCUGUUGCCAAUGCACCUUAUGUCACUGAGCCCAAAGUAAUGGACCAGUACAACUGCAAAUACGUCGUUCAUGGAGACGAUAUCACCACCGAUGCUAACGGCGAAGAUUGCUAUCAAGUAGUUAAGGACUUAGGACGCUUUGUUGUAGUCAAAAGAACUCCCAACAUCUCCACCACAGACUUAGUAGGCAGAAUGUUGCUUAUGAACAAGAGUCACCACUACAAGAGCAUCGUGGACAACGACCAUGUGUUGUUAGAAAAGGAGAAUAUUGACAAAUUCGCCAAAUAUGCCACUGACUCGACUGGCUUGAAACAGGGUUCUGGUGUGUAUGUCUACAAAUCAGACAACACUGACUUGGUACAGUUGGUGGCUCCGUCUGAAAUCAUCGCCAAAAAAUACUCCAAGAUCUUCUACGUAGAUGGAGGCUUUGAUUUGUUUCAUCCGGGCCACAUCGAAGUCUUGAAGUUAGUCAAGCAGAGUGCCGAAAAGGCAGGUGCCGCUGUAGUCUUAGGAAUCCACGACGAUGCCACAAUCAAUAAGCACAAGGGGUUGAACUACCCCAUCAUGAAUAUAUUGGAGCGUUCAUUGUGCGUAUUGCAAUGCCGUUAUGUAGAGGGGAUUAUUUUGGGUGCUCCCUUCAGCCCAACGACGCAAUUCUUGUCCAUCUUUCCCGGCAAAGUGGAGAAGGUCUUUCAUGGUCCAACUCCAAUUGCUGACAUUGAUCCAUACGAGGACAUUGAAAACACAGAAGAUUUGUUUGUAGAAAUUGGGCCCCACAAGUACGACGACAUGAACACCGAGUUCAUAGUCAAGAGAGUGUUGGAUAACAAGCAGGCAUACGAAGACAGACAGAGAAGAAAGGGCUGGAAGUCGGAAGUGGAGUUGAAGUUGCAGAAAGAAGAAAAGGAGAGAUCGCAGAAGUGAAUGGAAUUAAGCCUUCAGAAGUUAAUCGAAAUUUCAUUGAAUGUGAACAUUCAAAAAAUACACCUCAGCAAAAAGCAAUGAAACUUAUAUUUUCGAUGGAAAAGUGAAAAAUCAAAGUAUAUCGAAUUGUUCAGCUAGAUCUCUCUCAAGAUAUUUCAGUUCUCCCGCAUUUUAAAUUCUACACAUCUACCUUUACCUGUGAUAUAAUGAUAAUAUAUUUAUUUAGAUUUG